AAUCAUCAUUGAUAAGCAAAUCUUGUUCACAUUCUGUGUUGAGAUGGAGAAAAUAGAGUCCCGAAAGGGCUUAGAGAUGAAUUUGAUUUAUGGGUUUUUGUGUUGAUGCUUCAAAACAUCGUUGAUAAGGAAAAAUAUGAUUCGCAUUCGGAGUUGAAAUGGAGAAAAGUGAACCUUACACAAAUUGGAUUUCUGGGUUUUGUUGAUGCUUGAAAAUAUCUGUUGAUUCGAAAAUCAGAAUCGCGUUCAGAGUGGAAAUGGUGCAAAGUGAAGGACGAUCUUUGGCUGAGACACCCACAUGGGCUGUUGGAACCGUUACUUCUGUCAUGGUUUGUUUUGGGUUCAUGAUUAAUACUUCCUUGAAGCAGUUUGGAAAGUGGUUGGAUAGGACUAAAAGGAAAGCCCUUCUCUCUGCACUAGAGAAGAUCAAGGAAGAGCUAAUGCUAUUUGGACUUCUAUCCCUGCUGAUGGGUCAUUGGAUCAUUUUUGUGGCCAAGAUUUGUGUUAAAUCAUCCGCCAUGAACAGCCGCUUCUAUCCAUGUGCACCAGGAAGUAAUAUUAGGGAGCCAGUAGUUAUAAAUCACACUGUUUUUUCAAGGUACAACAAUUUGAAUUACUCAAGUUCCCGACAGCUAGUCAACACUGUGCAGCAUGAUUUUUGUCCCGAGGGCCGUGAAUCAUUUGCUUCAUAUGAAAGUCUUGAGCAGCUUCAUCAUUUCUUGUUUGUCCUGGGUGCCACCCAUGUAUCUUACAGCUUUGUCACCAUUGCCAUGGCCAUGAUCAAGAUCUAUAGCUGGAAAACAUGGGAAAAUCAAGCUAAAUCGAUGGCUGUUCAGAGAUUACAAGACUCCACGGAAGCUGCCCCAAACAAUAUAAGAUUGACGCGAUUAUAUACUUUCAUUUUUCACCAUACUUCCCAUCCAUGGAGCCAGCAUAGAUUUCUUGUUUGGCUGCUUUGUUUCAGCCGCCAGUUUUGGAGUUCUAUAAACCGAGUUGACUACAUGGCGUUGCGUUUGGGCUUCAUAAAGACUCAUCAAUUACCAUUGUCAUAUGAUUUUCACAAUUACAUGCUUCGAAGCAUGGAAGAAGAAUUUCGAGAUAUUGUUGGCAUCAGUGUUCCGCUAUGGAUUUUUGCAAUAGCGUGCAUCCUUCUUGGUUUCCAUGGGACAAAUGUUUACUUUUGGAUUUCCUUCCUUCCAGCCAUUUUGAUCCUCCUGGUGGGUACUAAAUUGCAUCGCAUAGUGGUAAAGCUGGCUGUUGAAAUCUUGGAUGCAAGUCAACGGACAGGAUUUCAUCAGUUCAACCUGAGGGAUGAGCUCUUCUGGUUAGGGAAGCCCAGGCUUCUGCUGCGGUUGAUACAGUUUAUAUCAUUCCAGAAUGCUUUUGAGAUGGCAACAUUUAUUUGGUCACUGUGGGAAACUAGGGGGCCUACUUGUUUCACAGAGAAUCGUACCUUCCUUGUGAUCCGCUUGACAUUUGGGCUUGUCUCUCAGUUUUGGUGUAGCUUCAUCACUUUCCCCCUCUAUGUUAUUGUUACUCAGAUGGGCUCAAGGUUCAAGAAAUCCAUAGUUUCCGAAAGUGUAAGAAGAUCACUUCAUGGAUGGCGAAGAAGGGUGAAGGCCAAACGUGGAGAUUCCCCUUAUACUCUUGUAAAUGUGACAUCAACCACAUCUUUGGAUUCCAUGGUGGAUGAUAGAACUGAUUCCGUUGCUUCAAGCAACAUGGAAGGAUCCUCGUCAAGACGUGAAGAUACCAGUACAACAAUCUCUCAUGAACAUGCCUCCUUUGACCAAGGUCAAACUCAUGAAAUUUCACCAGGUGAUGAGAGGCUUCAAAUUCCACUGUGUUUUGGUCCACGCUAUGAUAGUUAUGAUGACGACAACGACAGACAUAAUGGCAAUGGUGGUGUAAUCGAUGAUAAUUGUCUUCUUCCACUGCCUUGAGCUCCUUGUCAAAGCUCAAUUUUGAUGUUUUCCAGCAAGGCUCGGUUUGUGGACAUUGUGAUCACCUGUGGAUUCUUGAUAUAUAGUUGGAGCACAGUCUGAAUUGCAUAACAAUAAAGCCAGGGAGGGCACAGUGGCCUGCAUCAGUUUCAAUCCAGUCCAGGCACAGGCGGCGAACAUUCCAGAGAGCUGGUUGCCCAAAGUAGGCCAUGAAGUUCAUAAAGCUUGCUCCAGAUUACUGAUGCCUUUAGCCUUCAAAUCAGUUGUUAAUGGCUUGAAGCAUAGGAAUAGAUAUAAGCAUAUCUAUGAAACUUCUGUGAUCAGGCUUAGAUUUCAAAUAUUUUCCGUACUAGGAUGUUAUUUCAGCUUAUGUGUACCUCAACUAAUCCUCUCUAAUUCGUUUAAAUAUAGAUUAUCUACGUCAAAAUCAGGGUAUUAAUGGAGGAUAAAUAUCUUAUGAUCUGGC